UGGGAGGAGUUUCUGGCCGAGUAGAGAGCAGAGGAGCCAGCCUCCUAGACAGUAUUCAAAAGUUCGAGUGAGUGCACAGUGUCAGACAUCAAGAUCUUUGUAACAAACAUUUUUGUUAAACAUGGAAUUGACAGCAGAAAGUCACUCCAUUCCCCUAUCUGAUGGAAACAGCAUACCCUUGAUAGGACUGGGAACUUAUGCAGAUCCCCACGAGACUCCUAAAGGAACUGCAUAUGAAUCUGUCAAAAUUGCGAUCGAGACGGGCUACAGACAUAUUGACGGAGCAUUGAUCUAUUGCAAUGAACACGAAGUGGGGCAAGCAAUAAGGGACAAAAUAGCAGAUGGAACUGUGAAAAGAGAGGACAUCUUCUAUUGUGGAAAGUUGUGGAACACAUUUCAUCCACCCGAGCUAGUACGACCUACUUUAGAGAAAACCCUGACGACAUUACAGCUGGAUUAUGUUGACCUCUAUAUUAUAGAACUGCCCAUGGCUUUCAAGCCAGGAGAUGAAUUUACCCCCAAAGAUGAGAGUGGGAAGUGGCUUUAUCAUGAAACGGACCUCUGUGCCACAUGGGAGGCUUUAGAAGCUUGUAAAGACGCUGGCCUUGUAAAAUCUCUUGGGGUUUCAAACUUCAACAAGCGACAACUAGAGCUAAUCCUUAACAAGCCGGGGCUGAAACACAAACCUGUGUCAAACCAGGUUGAAUGCCACCCCUAUUUCACCCAGCCAAAGUUGCUUGAAUACUGCCGGCAGAAUGGUAUCGUCAUUGUUGGUUACAGCCCGCUGGGAACAUCCAGAGAUCCAUCUUGGGUAAACCUAAAAUGCCCCCCAAUGCUGGAAGAUGACCUGCUGGUAUCGAUUGCCAAAAAGUACAACAAGACCACGGCUCAGGUGUGCCUGCGGUUCAAUGUACAGAGAGGCGUGGUGGUCAUCCCAAAGAGCUUCAGCCCUGCUCGCAUAAAGGAAAACUUUGAGAUAUUUGAUUUCUCUCUCUCUGACGCUGAUAUGAAGACAGUUGAAGGGUUGAACAAAAACAUCCGCUUUGUGGAGCUUCUCAGGUGGUCUGACCAUCCAGAGUAUCCAUUUCAUGAUGACUUCUAGACACCACAAACAGCAACACAUUGUUCGAGAGUGAUUAAAUUUGGCAUCUUUACUUUGCUAAAAUAAUAUUUAAUUGAUAUUAGCUAAUUAAAAAAAACAAAAAACGUAAAUUUACAGCACACAAUAUAAUACACUCCCUCGGGUAAAGGGUUUCACUGCUGAGCCCUGCUGUGGGAAGAAUAAUGAAGGUCUGCUCUCACAGAUGUCUUUAGUUUUGUAAAAGUCUUACAGAUAAGUUUUGAGUGACAAAACAAACUUGGGAUAGUAAAUGUUUGCAAACUACAAAAUAAAGAUAAGGUGUGGCUAAAUCAAAACAAGACUGUUAAGUAUAGAAAGCUUAAACUCUGGACAGAUGGUGUUCUCAUCCCGCCAACACUUUCAUUGCUCAGACCAAAUCUGAAUUGCUCAACCUGAAUAACAGCUUUUAAAACUGAAUUUGAAUUAAAUUUAGCUCUUGAAUGCUUUCACCAUGACUGAUAUGAAUGAAUGACUGCUGAACACCUCUGUUCCCCACUCCAGCUCAAGAUGCUGUAGGUUUGCUCAGUUACACUCUGGGUCCGCAGGUAGUUCAUGAUACACCGUCUGGUACCCCUGGACAUAUCAGUGAUGUAACCUGGGUCAUAGGAGGUUGUAACUCCCUCCAAGUUGAAAAACAGACACAAGGCAUUCUUGAUUUUUACUGGCAUUUAUUGCACACAGGUGCCACCAACGAUGCUGUGAGAACUGUACAAACAACAUGAAAUAAUCAAUUUCCACAAUAAAUUGUUUUCAUAGAGAAUAAACAAUAAAGCACAUUAUUAAACAACAUAAAAAAACCUCACAAUUUGACCUUAACUAUAAAUGGAUACAUAAAAAAAUGAAAAAUUACAUGUAUGUGCUAACUUUCUAAACACUUUGUUACAUUUAUGAUAAAGUAGAUAAAACACAUUUAUGUCGGCCUUGGCUCAUUAGUUCUUGUCUUUAAAUUAACUUUGUCCGUGUGUGUUUCAGGUACUGCACUCUCAAAGACUGAAUGAACCAGCAUUGCAGCCAUGGGUCAUGAUGAGCAUCACAGGGAAGGCUGAAGCCGCCCACUGCACCUGUAUGGCCGGAGUUGCGGAGACCUGCACCCAUGUCACUGCUCUUCUGUUUAAUGUAGAAGCAUCAGUGCAGAUCCGUGGCACAAGGACUGUUACAGAUGAACCUGCAUACUGGGUUUUGCUGGGUAAUAUGACCAAGAUACAGCCAGAGGUUGGCCAUAAGAUAGACUUCUCCUCUUCAGCUGCCCAAAAAAAAGGCUCUUGAUCAAAACAUAAACAGACCAUCCGUAUUGAAAGGUAAAAGGAGCCGUCCU